UUACAUUCUUUUUCUCCGGCCGCAGUGAAAGAAUGGAUUUAUUGUUUUAAACAAUAAAAUUAUAACAAGAAGAAAUGUAUUAAACCCCCCCUCUCAAAAUGAAAUGGAAGAGAGUGCGGUAAAACAAAGUGACAAAAGAGAAUAGAAAAAAAAUGAAGAAGAAAAAUUAAUUAAUGAAGAAACCAUUCGUUUCCACUCCAACCUCAAGUGGAGCUUGUGAACGAAUGCAGAAAAAAAAUAUUUUUUUUAAUGUUAAGAUAUUGCAAAAAUAAAACGCCACUUCUUGGCUUGGCCUUUGAUCGAGUAGCAUUGAGGGUAGCUGGGAAAGAAAAUGGAAAUAAUAAAACAUCUGCAAAAAUUAAAAUCUCAUCAAAGAUAAUUUCAAGAGUACUUAAUUUGGCUCGGAGUACCACUAGACGGACACCUUCGACGUGCCGCAAUUGAAAUAAUUUUUUUUCUCGGCAAGCCGCCUCCACCCCUGCCAGAUCAUUAUUGCCCCAGUCUCCACACCGCUGAAAUUGCUUUAAAAAUUCCCCAAAAUAAUUCGAGAAGUGAGCAAAUAUUUCCGUAAACAUCAGCAACGCAUCAACGGAAAGAGAAAUUAUCCUCGAGAAAGAAUUUCAGGCGGGAGUGGUCGUCGUUCGUUCGGUUGUCAACAUUAUUUACAAACAAGCGGAAUGGUGUGAAAAUCAUCAGGCGGCCGUGUAUUGGCUUCAUGAAAAAUAUAAGCUGUUAAAAUUAAGUGCAAGAAAAACGCGGCGCAUGCGCAAAACAAAAAUCGGCGCUGUUUGGUGUUUUUCAGUGUGGAAAAUAAACAAAUAAAUAAGGUGAAAACAAAAAUAAGAAAAUCAAAGCAAAAAAAGAGAAAAGAAAAAUAAGUUUGCAAAAAAAGAAAAUUUUAAAAGAAAAAUAUUCACAACAACAAGGCAUAAAAUUAAUAUUCAAUACCUGUUCUGAUAUGUCAAAUGCGUCUCGAGCCUCAAAGCGCCUUGCAUAGCCGUUUGUUGCCCGGCUUGUUUGCCGUCAUCGUUCACUGUACAUCGUUAGCUGGACUUCAUUGAGAGUUUGAAAAGCGGCUCUUUUUUUGUUUUCUUUUUAUCACCGUAAACCUUGUUGGAAUUGCUGCUACUCCUGGGUGCCUCGCUGCCGCUCCCUUGGCCCUCGCUGGCCGUGAUAAAUCGUUUUUUACAUGUUGUAAUGUAAGAUUUCCUGCAUGUGCGUCAUGGUAUGAAGGAACCGACGACUAACAACUUGGACGAUAUUGUGCCUGGCAGGCUGACGUCAGCCGAAUUAAGGGCGAUGGCACUACGUCAACAACAACAAAUCGACUCCCAACAUCAACUGUUGGCCACCAAAGAGCAGCGCUUACGCUUUCUAAAACAGCAAGAGGUCCGCAAUGCCGUUGCCAAUGCGGAGGGCGAACGUUUGAGGCGUUUGCGGGAGCGUGUCGAAGCGCAAGAAUCCAAGCUGCGUCGUUUACGAGCACUACGAGGUCAAGUGGACUUACAGAAAACCUAUAAUGUUACCUUAAGCAAUGAUUUAGACUCGAUACGAGCCCUUUUCAGUGAAAAGGAAAAAGAACUGAGUUUGGCUGUGGCCAAAGUAGAAGCUUUAACCAGGCAAUUGGAAGAUUUGCGCCGUGAUCGAAGAUGUCCCAUCAACUUGAUUGCAGGUGGCAGUACAACGGGUCAGCCGUUGCCACCGCAGGCCUCAAGAGAACUGGAAAAGCUAAGAAGAGAGUUGAUGUAUCGCAACCAGCUGUCAUUGCAACAAGAUGCCCGACUCCAUUUACAAAGGGAGGCCUUACAACAGCGGCAGGCUGAAUUGAGAUCUGUCGAUCAAAGAAUUUAUGAGCUGCAAACACGGCUGCAGCGUAAAAAGGCGGCCAAUGUACAAACGAAUCAAACACAACAACAGCAACAGCAGCAACAAACAAAUAUCAGUCCCAAUCAUAUCAUAGCCACACAGCAACAGCAGCAACAACAAGUACAACAAAAUCCACAACAACAGCAGCAACAACAACACUCUUCGACCCAAAAUCAUAAUGCCGGCUUUAAUACGGCUCCUGGUAGGCCGGGUGAAAUUGUGGAUGGGUCAGCAGCCAACUAUCCCCCAAAUCACAUGGCGCCCAAGACGGGGGUGGCUGCCCUCAAACAGCAACUGUUACAAAAGCAAGCCAACCAGGCUGCGGCAGCUGCUGCAGCAGCCGCUGCCAAUGGCAAUCAACCAGGCGGCUAUAACAACAAAUUUGCCCAUGUCAUCAGUCGGGCCAAUGAUAAUCGCAAUAUACCCCGAGGUAAUGUAGCGGCCGUGGAACCCUAUAUCCAUACACCCCAAAAAUCCACCAUAACCCCAACCUCUAGCUAUUUGGGUAAUAUUCUCAAACAUGCCGCCGCCACAGCCAAUACAAAUCAACAGAAUCAGCUGAUCCAGGAGCAUACCCAUGCCAAGCUGAACCUGGCCAACAGUGGGCACCCAACCAAUGCCACAGCGGGGCAUUCUGCGACCAGCAAUACAAGUCCCAAUUUCUUUAUGGCGGAAAGUGAUGAGUCCAAGCUGGCCAAGAAAAUGUUAACGGCAGCCAUAACCAGCAAACAAAUGCACAGUGCGGAGGCAGCUCCUCAGACCCAGGUUUCGGAGACAACAUCAUCGGCGUCGUCAUCAGUGGCGACGACGACGACAACAACAAUGGCGCCCAAUAAGGUGGACACCUCUCACCACAUCUAUGCCGAGGUGGGACCCAAAAAACGUGAUUUGGUCAAAGAAGUCACCGCCAAUUUGGAGGCCAACCACCCAAGUACAACGAGCUCCCAAACGACCAGUAAAAUUCCGAAAAGCAUUACCACCGCCACAUCUGCCUCAGCUUUAAUUAGCAAACUGAACAGCGCCGCCGCCAGUGGUACUCACAUAUCUCAGAGAGAGAAAUCCGAUUUGGAGAAGAAGGCGGAAAUUUCGGUGACCAGUGAGACACUGCUGGAGAAGAACACCCACCAGCUGACGGUGCACAGUAUGCCACUGGGGGCAGCCAAUAAAUCGGUGGCCACAGGUGUUUCCAACUCAUCUACCACCAGCUGCGGCGAAAGUGGCAUGUCCAAGCCCAAGCCUCUUGCCUCGGGCAAUUUAGCCGUACCUCCCCGUAAACCCAUUAGCAGUGUGGCGCCCACAUCGGUUUCCAGCUCCAUACCCAAAAUGAUUACCUACAGUCCAAAAGUUAACCGUGUAGCUCCCAAUGUGGUUAGUUCAAGUUUGGCAACAACGGUUUCCACCUCCACAUCCGCCACAACGGCAGUGUCUAGCACCGCCACGGCAAAUGAUAGGCCUGCCUUGCCGCCAAAGCCGCAUAAAAUGUCGUCAGCGUCGUCAACAGAAACCAAUCAAGAUUCGAAGAAAUCGUCCCUGGAAGCCACGACGAGCAGCUCCUCAUCAGCAACACUCACUACCACCUCCACCUCCUCAUCUAGUUCUGCCUCAACCUUGCCCAUACAAAAUAUCAACGAUAAUCUGCCUAUCAAGGCAAAGCCUCUGACCAUACGCAAACAGCCUCUGUCGGAACAGCCUCGACUCAAAUCCAGCAACAGCAACAACAAAGCUGGCAGUAACCAACAAAAUUCCCGGAAAUCGGAACUAAAUUCCAACAACAACAACAACUAUUUGUACAAUGACCGGAGAUCCACCACUGCGGAAUUAUCCUCUGAAACCAACAGUGAAGCCAAUUCCACACCCCAAUAUUCUCCAAAUAUUCAACACUCUCAAUCGGCAUCCAACAUCCCCCUGGCGGCCCAACAACAAUCCUCCAGCCAAGAUGAAACGGAUCGUUCCGAUGGUCAAGGCAAUUCGGGAAAUCAAAUAACCGAAGAUAAAUCUCCAGACAGCCUUAAACGGCGCCUGCGCAGCAUGUCGGCCGGUAACAAUGCCUCCUCUACGGCAUCGGGUAAUGGCAAACCGAAAUUAACACGUCGUGUCAGUUUUGACCCCUUGGCCCUGCUGCUGGAUGCCAGUCUGGAGGGUGAACUGGAACUGGUCAAGAAAACCGCCAUGCAAGUUGCCAAUCCCAGUGCAGCCAAUGAUGAGGGUAUUACGGCGCUGCACAACGCCAUCUGUGCUGGUCAUAUUGAUAUAGUCAAAUUCCUGGUCGAAUUUGGUUGUGAUGUCAAUGCCCAAGACUCGGAUGGCUGGACGCCGCUGCACUGUGCCGCCAGCUGCAACAAUUUGGCCAUGGUUAAGUUUCUAGUGGAAAAUGGUGCCUGCCUAUUUGCCGCCACGUUGUCGGAUCAUGAAACGCCCGCCGAGAAAUGUGAAGAGGACGAAGAAGGUUUCGAUGGCUGUUCGGAGUAUUUGUACAGCAUUCAAGAAAAACUUGGCAUACUUCACGCCGGUGAAGUAUAUGCGGUAUUCUCCUACGAAGCACAAAAUAGCGAUGAAUUGACAUUUACGGUCAACGAUCGUCUUGUAAUCCUAAGAAAAGGUGAUGAUGCGGAAAGCGAGUGGUGGUGGGCGAAAAAUGACCAAAACGAGGAGGGCUAUGUGCCAAGGAAUCUGUUGGGACUCUAUCCCAGAGUGCCACCGCAGACCACAAAUUACGCUGAUUAGCAGUUAAUACGUUUUUGCGUUUUGAAAAAGAAAGCCGGACGUUUAAUACAAAAACGUUACAUAUCAAAGUUUUUGUAAACAAAAACCAAUACACUCACACCCGUACAACUACACACACACGCCCACACAAACGAAAUGACCACGAAAAAUGUGAAACGGAAGUGCAUAUUUAGCGAGCAAACAAAAAAAAUCGGAAACGGAUGUUUUUACUGCAAACUGUUUAAUAAUAAUGUAAUCCUAAGGACCCAUUAGUCUAGCAACUAAACCACUACAUACUCACAUAUACAGCAGCAACAAAUUUAUGACAACAUAUGUGCAACAUAUAACCACUUUACAAUUUUCAUUCUCCAGCUUAACCUUCGGCAUUCUUUUUGUUAUAAUUCUAAGAAAGUUCGAAAAACAAAACACCAAUAUAUAUUUUUUCUUCGAAAUUUUAUUAUAUUAAAAAUAAAUUAAAUAAAAAUUAAUAUAAAUUAAAGUUAAUUGAAAAAAUAUGGAAACCAUGAAAAUUAACAGAAAAGAAAAACUAAUAAAAACAAUAAUAAUACUAAAAAUAAAAAUAAAAUAAGUUAUAAAAUAAUUAAAAAAAAAAACUAAAUUUCAAAACUUUUCAAAUUGAGAAAUAUAAAUACCUGCAUAAAACAAACACACACACAUACGCAUAUUACUAUAUAUUUUCACAUAUAUACAUAAAUACGCAUAAUUAUAUACAAACACCACACACAAACACACACAUCCAUUUGUAUUAAGUACUUGACCUUAACUAAUUGAUAAUCAUUGAUUAAUAAUAAUAAUAAUAGUCUAACAAUUUCAAAUUAAAAAAAAAAAAAACAAAAAAAAAAAGAAACAAUUAUAAAAACAUGCAUGAAAUUAUUUUUGAUGACCACCACCUAAAGCUAAAAAAAUUGGAAAAUUAUAUUAAAAAAUAUAUAUUUAAUAAUUUUUCGUUUUUCUUUUUCCCUUCGUUACUAUUGCCUAAUUAAUGUGAUUUUUUCGGAUUUUGUAAAAUUAAAAUGAAAGCAAAAAAAAAAAGCAUUAUAUGAACAUAAAUACAAAAUGACAUGUAAUCAACAACAACAACAAAAAACUGAAAACAAAAUUAAUAAAAGAAAAAGAUAUUACUUAAACAUAUUUAAACAAAAAAAAAAAUAUAUAAAAA